AUGGCCUUCGUUCAUCCAAAGUCUUCUCCAUGUUCCAAAAGUGAAUUGGACUUAUUCACAGUACCACCAACUCAAGUAGAUGUAGAGAAAGGGUUUUGGAUAGACAUCAGACCUGUGGCUACAAUCGCCCAUCUMAGUCCAAUCGAGUUCCAGAUUGUGGGAACAGAAAAUUAUCUUGACUUAUCCAAAACCUUGUUUUUUGUCACCUUGAAAAUAACCAAAGCCAAUGGGGCUGACCUAGGCGACAAAGAGAAAGURGCAUUUGUUAAUUUGCCUGUGCAAAGUUUAUUCAAACAGGUGGAACUCUACCUCAAUGGUGUUUUAGUCACAAAAGCUUCAGGAACUUAUAGUUAUAAAAGCUACAUCGAAACCCUCCUCAACUAUGGUCCAGCAGCAAAGAAUUCAGCCCUCACAGGAUCUCUCUUCUACAAAGAUACAGCAGGUUCUAUGGAGGCCACCGAUCCUACAAGUGGCGGAACAAAUCAAGGACUUAAAACACGUUACACAUUUACAGAGCAGAGUUACAUUUGCGACAUGUGGGGACCAUUACACUGUGAUAUGUUUUUCACUGAACGUCUUUUGCUAAACAAUGUGAACGUCACCGUUAAACUCAUUCCUAAUACACCUGCCUUCGCCUUGAUGUCUGGAGAAACCUCUCCCAAUUAUAAAGUCAGCAUCCAAAAUGCGGUUUUGAAGGUUAGAGCUGUCAAAGUUAGCUCUGAGACUCAAGUCAAACAUUUGAAUCAGCUGAAUAAGGGUAUCAAUGCGAAAUACCCCAUACGUCGCGUUGAGUGUAAAACCUAUACCAUUCCUAGUGGAAAUCCUUCUAUUCACAUAGGGGAUAUAUUUAAUAAAAAUGUACCUCAACNAACUUAUGGCCUGGGAUGA